CUAGGCGCGCUCGCCGCGGAUGCGGCGCGCGAGCUGGAUGUCCUUGGGCAUGAUCGUGACGCGCUUCGCGUGGAUCGCGCACAGGUUCGUGUCCUCGAAGAGGCCCACGAGGUAGGCCUCGGCGGCCUCCUGGAGCGCGAGGAUGGCCGUCGACUGGAAGCGGAGGUCCGUCUUGAAGUCCUGCGCGAUCUCGCGCACGAGGCGCUGGAACGGCAGCUUGCGCACGAGGAGCUCCGUCGACUUCUGGUACUUGCGGAUCUCGCGCAGCGCGACGGUGCCCGGGCGGUAGCGGUGCGGCUUCUUGACGCCGCCCGCCGUCGGCGCGCUCUUGCGCGCGGCCUUGGUCGCGAGCUGCUUGCGCGGCGCCUUGCCGCCGGUCGACUUGCGCGCGGUCUGCUUCGUGCGGGCCAUCUGCGCGGGGUAUGGCGUUUCGGGGGCCGC